GCGACGAGACUUGACUGACAAGCUUUGUUCAUGCAAGCAGACGUUGAAUGGUCCACGCCUCAUGUUGGCCACAAUAUCGGCCAGUUGAGGACUUACACUGACAAGACAUUGCACAAGCUGACAAGACUUGCACGUGACACUUACAACUGCAUCGGCACACAGAAGCUCGAGGCACGUGAAUAACAAGGCAGAUAAAAAGCCUCCACGCAUCAGUCACAUAAAAAUCAGAUGCAAUCAGAUAAACACCAGAUGCAAUAAAUCCCCACCACACGACUACGUGCAAACACACCGACGCCCUCCACCCUCUCUGUCUGAAUGUCUGGUUGAUUCACAAAUGCCAUUUACCCCCCUUCACCCUCCCAACAAUACACCGAGUGACUUGGCCUAUCCAUCACGACAGAAUGGCGGUACUCCAGCCUGUAAUGGGCUGGCGGCACAUGGGGCAAUCCUCCAGCUGUGUGGCGCAAUCCUGACACACACAGAAGUGGUUGCACGGCCGCAACACCAGGCGCCGCUCCCUUUCCUGGCAUAUCAGGCACGCGGCGGCCUCAACCCUUCCCUGCUGAUUUUGUUCCUGCAUCUGCUGGCGCAGUUCGGCCUCGCCCAUCUCGCGCGUCUUGUGCUGGGCUCUGGUGAGGAGGGCCUGGAGUUGCGGCAGUUCUGUGGUGGUGAUGGUGGUCAGUCGGUCAGCCAGCUGCAUGGCGAAGCCCAUCACCUCCUCCUUGGUAGUCAAGCCCUCAAACGUCUCAGUCAACCUGAAAGACACAAUACACAUGGAGAGGCAGACCGAAAUCAGUGGCUGCCAUCUUCCUGUGUUAAUCUAUUUGUAUUACUUGUCGAUGUGAUGGCUUCGGAGCUCCUCAAUGUCGGCCUGGAGCGCCCGACUGCUCUCAUGCAGACUGACCGAGACAGACAGAGAGAAUAGAGGGCAUGCCCUGUCACCGUGUGUGCGCCGCCUUUGUCCCACCUGGCUAUCUCUUGUCUGAGAGAUUCCUCUCUAGCAGCCGAGGCCCUGCAAUGCAGCAACAAGUUCACACACGAGUGUUUUGGUCAUUUACACGUGCUCCUGACCUCACUCACCGUUUGUCAGCCUCCAGUUGGCGCUUGUCGCCGUCCGCCACGCGAAGUCUCUCUUGCAGCCUGCCAUGGAAAGACAGCGCACAUACAAGCGUGUGUCUGCUGGGAGAAGUGUGUCUUCCUCACUCGGCCGUUUGCUGACGGAGGUCACCGUUGUUGUCGACCGCACUGUGAAGAAGCAGCAGCAGGUUAACAGGUACAUGCUGGGGGGGACAUAAGGUGACUCUGGCAGGCCACGUGCAUUGUUGGUGCCUGCCUGACCGCGCGAUGUUCCUGUCCUGCUCCUCACGGGCCGCAAAGGCCGGCGCACGCAACCUUCUCACACACCACAUCUUGCGUAAGACGGUCUGGAGCACCUCCAUGACGGUCUCACGCAGCGACGAGGCGUUGCACGUACCCAUCGCGCUGUUGAAGUGCUUCUGCGUCACGACCAUACUGUCCAGGACCUCAGCGUCGAUCUCGCGCUCAAAAUCGAUCAAAUCCAUCUUCUCACGGAUGCACUGAGAUGCUGCUUCACUGCACAGCUGCGCCAGGUCCGCUCCCUGCGUAGUGCGCAUAAGCGGCGUGGCUGGUAAGUGACAGGCUUUCGACUUACCACAAAUCCUUCCGUGUUUGUAGCGAAGUCCUCUAGCCUGACGUUCUCGUGGAGCUUCAUGUCGCGCGUGUGGAUUCUGAGGAUUUCCAGGCGACCAUCAUAGUUUGGCACCCCGACGCUGAUCUCGCGCUCAAAACGCCCAAACUGACGAAGCGCCAUAUCAACCUUGUCUGGCCGGUCGGUCGCCGCUGAUCAACGAAGCCAAGCACAGCAUUUGCUGCAUAAUUUGUGGGAGCAUGUACGUUUGUUGUCUCUUGUCUUAUUACCAAAGACCACCACUUGUUGGCGCUCUUUGACCCUAUCCAUCAGUGUCACCAGCUGCGACGCCACGCGGCGCUCCACCUAUACACAGCUCGGGCGAGCGCACAUAUGUGGCUAACCACGAUGUUUCUUUUGUCUCUGACUGACUUCUCCAUUGAUCUGGUCGCCUCUUGGUGCGAUAGACUCGAUGUGGUCGAUGAACACUAUGGCGGGGCUGUUCCUUUCGGCCUCUUCGAAGGCGCGCCGCAGGAUCGUGACACCGUUGGCCAUCUGGGAUAUCACCUCGGGCCCGUUUAUGGGGAAGAAAUUCGCACCUGUCUCGUUGGCAACGGCACGCGCUAUCAAAGUCUUGCCGCACCCUGAACGACCAUGGUGGUUAACACAUACAGCCAAUCACAGAGAGAGAGAGAGAGAGUGAUGUUUGGUGGUCGAGGGCAGCUGGGUGUGUUUGCAUACGCGCGUGUGUGCGUGUGCAUAUGUGUGUACCUGGCGGUCCAUACAGCAGCACACCGCAGGGCGGCUUCCUAGCCAAGUUCUGGAGAACCCUGGGGUGGCGCUGCGUGAAAGUGACCGAGCACUUUACAACAUACAGGCUCACUCGGUGUGGCGGCUCACCAGUGGGACUUCGAUCAUUUCUCUGAUCUGCGCCAUUUGUCUGCGGCAGCCCCCGACAUCCUCGUAGCCCACAUCGUCCAGCCUCUCCUCGUCCUCGCGGAUGAUAGCCUCACCCUGAUGACACACAUCGACACACGAGACGCGAAUGACAUGAGGUGGCGAGCAGUAGAUAGAGGGAGGGAUGGCUACCUACUGCCCAGAGACUGACUGACUGACUGACUCAGUGAGUGAGAGAAGAAGGGGCCAGUCUGCCUGUGCGUGUGUGUGUGUGUGUGUGCGUGUGUGUGUAUGUACACCUCGCAGUGGAUGACGGUGUUCGGCGCGACGAUGCAAAACUCACCAGGAUCCACAUCCACUACCUACAAAGGACACACUUGUGGCUAUCCUUUAUGUCUGUCUUGUGUGUACCUUGAAUUCGACGGGCCGGAAUUCGCCGCGCACAAGAAACGUGUCCCCCGUGCGCAAGGGCCGGUAGGCCUCCGUGAAGUAGGGCUUCAGGUACGUGUCGAACAAGUUGCCUGUGAGGCCCUCAAUCGUGUCGGCAAAGGGCGACACGUGAAUGCGCUGACCGACACACCACACACACAGACAGAGAGGAAGACCAUGUAGUGGGUGCACCGUCACAGUUCGCCCGACCUGCGUACCUUCCCGUAAGCGACAUCGCCGGCUGAGUAGAUGGACACGAUGUCGCCGAGCAACACCCGUAGGUUCUUGCGUAUGACCUUGUUCAUGCGGAUCUUGCCCUCGUCGAGGUCUUCUGUGUCGGCCAACACGAUGCACACCGUAUUGCGCUCAUCGGCUUUGAUCAACACUGUGUCGCCGCGCCACAAAUUCAGGUCUGAUCAAUCAAUCACAUGAAUAGACAGACACCCGACAGCGACGCCAUCCAAUGUCACACUCAGCCGAGGUGUGCUCACCUUCCAUGCGCGUCGGGUUGAGUGCGACGACAGAGUUGUCAUCGUUGACGGCUUCCUCGACAAUCAGCCUGUUGACGGGUCGCAACAUGCUCUCACGUCUAGUGGCUGGAUGCCGGUGCCGAUAUCUGUGUCGCAACAUGCUCUCACGUCUAGUGGUUGCAUGCCGGUGCCGAUAUCUGUGUUACGUGACGGAGAUCUUGGUAAGAAGAGCGGCAAAACC